AAAAUAUUUAUUAACUGCGCGAAGGUUGGCCAACGUGUUCAUCUGCAGGGAAAGCAAUUUCUGGCGAUCUAAUCUGAAUAUCCAUCCAGUUCAACUUCAUAGGAGGAGGCAAUCGAGCUUUACGACUGUAUACACACGUUUGGUCCCACGGUGGAGUCUCCACCACUACGCGAACUUUUCCAUUGAGACCACACAGCUGCUUUUGUUUUCCUCAUUGGCAGGCGUUAAUGAUAAUGAAAAUAUUAUUAUAAUAAAACCCAAAGAGUUCCGUCGGAGCCGCAAUUAAUGAAAUCAUCACUAUCAGAGCAUUGUUAAACGGCAAUAAACCGUAGAUUGAGGUCCUAGAAAAUAUCGACCAAGUGACAACAAUUUGCACCGUGCACUUAUAAUGGGGCAAUCAAUAAAUCGGAUGGCCAGACGCCAGUUAAAUUCCUAACUGAUCAGACAUGGUUUAUUAUUCCAGUGGAGAGAGAAGACCCCUGCUAGUCAGAGUAGUUCCGAAUCCGCUUAGGAGACUAGCCUGUAAAUGAGCGUAUCUUUAAUCUCUAAACUAAAUAAAUCAUUUACAUACCCAUCUCAGCUGGAGGUCUUGGCGUGCGACACUGGCAGGCGGUUCUUCUGUUCGUGGGCAUGAUGAUCAACUACUUCCAGCGGGUGAACAUCUCGGCUGCCAUUGUGCCCAUGACGCAGUCCACCGCGGGGGCUCCGUUCUACACCUGGGAUACGUCGGACAAGUCCCUGAUCCUCAGCAGCUUUUUCUGGGGCUAUGUGGUCUCCCAGGUGCCGGCAGGACUGCUUGCCAAGCGAUUUGGAGCCAAGUUAGUGCUGGGCCUGGCGACUGCAAUCGGAGGUAUUUUGUGCUUCUUCCAUCCCAUUGCAGCCAAAAGCGGGUGGCAGAGUAUCUGCGUUCUGCGCGUUCUUACCGGUCUGGUCCAGGGCACGGUUUAUCCGUGUGUCCACACGCUGCUGGCUAAGUGGGUGCCACGCACUGAGCGGGGACUGCUAACCACUGGCGUUUAUUCGGGAGCACAGUUCGGAACGGCUGUCAUCCUGGUCACCAGUGGCUUCAUCUUCGAAUCCAGCAUGGGUUGGCCAGGGUUGUUCUACCUUUCCGGAGGUCUCAGCCUCGCUUGGGCGCUGCUUUUCUUUUGGCAGGCCGCCAAUGAACCGGUUACAGCCAGCAGGAUCAGCAAAGGCGAGGUGGAGUAUAUCGAAAGCCUUACGGGCAGCAACAGCUCCAGUCAGUCUAUGCCUGUGCCCUGGAUGUCGAUCUUUAGGUCGCCAGCCUUUUACGGUCUGCUGGCAGCCCAUUGUGGAUUCACCUGGGGUUUCUACACGCUGCUCACCGAAAUGCCCACUUACAUGAGCAUGGUUCUGCAGCUAAAUGUCAAGUCCAAUGCCUUCCUCUCCUCGCUGCCGUACUUUGCUAUGGGCCUGCUCUGCUUUGUGGUCAGUCCCAUAUCGGAUUUGCUUAUCAACAGAGGCACUAUAUCGAUCACCACGGCUCGAAAGCUGUUUAAUUCGAUUGGACAGUGGGGACCGAUGGCUUGUUUGAUUGGACUGGGCUACAUGACAGCCGAUGAGAAAACGUGGGCCAUUCUUCUGCUGACACUGGCAGUGGGCAUCAAUGCGGGCUGUUCCUGUGGAUAUCUGAUCAAUCACAUCGACCUGUCGCCCAACUUUGCCGGCCCAAUGAUGGGAGUCACCAAUGGGAUUGCGGGAGUGACCUCCAUAAUAGCUCCUUUGGUGGUGGGAGCGAUCGUAUCGGAUGAGGAGGAUCCCAGCCAGUGGCGCAUGGUAUUCUUUAUUACAGGAGGUAUUUACCUAGUGUGCAACACAAUUUUUGUGAUAUUUGGCAAGGCCACUAUUCAGAUUUGGAACGAACCUCCAUCGACGUCUAGCACGAUGACGCUCCGCAGCCACCAGGAAAACGAUUCAAAGUCCAUUGUUCCCACGUCAGAUAAAGACAUUCGGUACUAAGCCCUCGAUCUGCACCUGGACGCCAUGUACAUACAUUUUCGUUAAUUGUAGUAAUUAUAAGUUAUUCUUAUUUAAGCUUGCCGCUGUGACAGCGUUAUUUGGAUAUGCCUAGCUAUAACUAAAGAUAAUGGUUUAUGUUUACGCUUAUGCUUAGGGAAGCUUAAUAUGACUUAGUUGUGUGAUAAGCCCAAAAUAUGACUUUACUAUGUGUGGCACGUUUCGAAGCUGCUGAAGUCGCUUUAACUAUAUCAAUAAGUGAGUUUUCUAUGCAAACAGCAUAUUAAUACAUAUUUACAAUCCUGUGUCAUCGCU